GGAAUUUGCCGGAGGCGCUGCCGGGCGGCAGCCGGAACACGCUGCCCAACAGGAGAGACAGACACGGCGCCGACUGCAGGAAAGGCCCCGUGGCCAGGCUGGACCCGGCGCUGAUGCCGCUCCCCGACACGGCCGGGCUCGAGUGGGCGACGCUCGUCAGCGCCGCCAAGGCCUACGAAGUGCAGCGCGCCGUGUCCCUGUUCUCUCUGGCCGACCCCGCCCUGAGCCCGGAGCCGCCCCCGGCCCCUCCCCCACCCCCGCGGGCAGCGCCCCUCCCCCCCCUCAGCCCCUCCCCAGCCCCCCUGGAUCUGCCAGGAAAAGUUUCCCAGUUGGAGGCGAUGCUGAAGCAGCUGCACAGCGACCUGGAAAAGGAGAAGCAGGACAAGGUGUUCCUGCAGGCCGAGGUGGCCAACCUGCGGCAGAACAACCGGCGCCUGCAGCAGGAGUCCAACUCGGCCGCGCGGCAGCUCCGGCGCAUGGCGCGGAUCUUCUCCGGAGCUUCUGGCCACCAGGAACCCUGAACUGGGACAGACUGGGAUGGACUGGGACAAACUGGGAUGGACUGGGAGCGACUGGGACCCAGAAUUCUCCUCCUGGGAUGGAGAGAUGGGAUCUGAGACCUCUCCUGAAGAUCCAGAAGGUUCCAUUGAGAUCCAGAACCUUCCAGAAGGACCCAAGGCCUUCCUGAUGGGGAUCACGAGCUCCUGAGGGACCCAGAACCUUCCUGAGGGACCCAGAACCUUCCGUGGAAUUCCAGAAGCUUCCAUGUGGGACCAAGACCUUCGUGAUGGGCCCUAGAACCUUCCAUGGAAUUCCAGAAGCUUCCAAAGAGAACCAGGACCCUUCCUGUGGCUCCAGAAGAUUCCAGAAGGACCCAAGGCCAUUCCUGAGGGACCCAGAAGCUCCCAUGGAAUUCCAGAACCUUCUACAAGGAUCCAGAACCUUCCAUAGGAGACCAAGACGGCUCCUGUGGGUCCAGAACAUUCCAGGAGCUUCCAGAACCUUCCAAAGAGGACCAAGACUCUUCCUGUGGCUCCAGAAGAUUCCAGAAGGACCCAGAACCUUCCAGGAGAAACCAAGGCCAUUCCUGAGGGACCC